AUGACAAUGGAGAAAAUGGACAAUGAAAUAGAUAGAGAGAGUGAGAAGAGCUUUAAUUUCACCAUUAAAUGUCAAGAUAAUGGUUUACCUCCAUUGAAAGUAGAGAAACGGUUUUCUGUGCUGGUCACUGACAUAAAUGAUGUACAACCUCAGUUUAGUCAGGACAUAUUUAAGUUUCUCACCUAUGAAAAUGAACACAAAGACUUCCCUGUUGGAUAUGUCAAUGCCACAGACCCAGAUAUUGGAGAUGGAGGACAAUUAACCUAUUCUCUAUUAUCUAAUGGAAAAGAUAUUCUACCAUUUCAGAUAUCUGAUGUGGGAUUCAUUUCCACAACUGAGUCCCUAGACAGAGAAGAAAAGAACUUGUAUGAGUUUAAGGUUUUAGUAAAAGAUAAAGGAACACCAUCACUGGAGAAGAGAGCAAAUGUUGUUGUUGAGGUUAUGGAUUUAAAUGAUAAUGCUCCCUAUUUCAGUUUCCCUAAUGUUGACCCUUUCACUCUUAAUGUCCACUACCAUCCCCACUCUGACCAUGAUAUCACAGUUGUUAGGGCCUCUGACAGAGACAGUCAACACAAUGCCUUCCUCACAUAUGAAAUACUCAGAGGUAAUGAGAAACACUUAUUUCAAAUGAACCAUCACUCUGGUGUCUUAUCUUUCUCUCGCUCACUUUACCAAAAUGAUGCUGGAUUCUAUGAACUGGAAUUAGGUGUGAAAGACAGUGGCAGUCCAGUUCUGUCAUCGACAACAACUUUGUCUUUGACUCUAACAGUUAGUAACAGCACAUCAAAGAUAUUUAAGACCCCUUCAAAGACAACAACAGAAUCAAGUAAUGGUCUCCAAUUGAAUGUGAUGAUUGUUAUUGUUGUAGCAGCUGUGAUCGUAUCAGUUGUCAUAGUGAUCUCCAUAUCAAUCUGUAUAGUUCAUAGACUGAAGCAGACAGACAGCAACUAUAACAACAGUGUUGAUAUGUACCACAAGGUUACACCUGCAUUAAACAUGCAAUCGAAAUAUAUAUUUGAUCCUACCUGUGUUCCACCUGGCAUUUCGUACACAAUGUCGAGAAAACUGAAGCCAUCUCAAGAAUCAAAGGUUUAUAGGGAAGAUACUUACUGCAGAACCAUGCCAUGUGAUAAGUGGAAUGAUUUUACUUUGAACAGACCUGAACAGAUGUUCAUUCCCAGAGAAGAAAGUAUGUCUCCAGGUUACAGAGAACUGAACAAUCCUGGCCAAUUCAGUGAGAUGUCAACAUUGUCAUCUCACACUGAUAGUGGUCAUGGCUGGAGUGUUGGUAGUGCUGGACAUUAUGAGGAACUGCCAGAUCUGUGCCGUUACCAAAGUGACCAAACAUGGAAUAGAAGAAAUCAACUUCAAAACACACUCAACAGAUCAAGGGGAGAUAACAAAUAUGGAUAUCACCAUCAACCUAAUGUCGAUAAUAACACUUCCUGUUCGAUUGACCAAACACCUUUGACUAUUACUGGGACCACAUCUAACAUAACUGGACAACAUUCUACAGUACCAGUGAAAAGUCAGUUUACUUCAGACUGUAAACCAUCUCUGCCAGCUGUACCCAAAAUAACAACACUACCAAAGGUACCUUCAUCACCCCAGGUACCUCCACUUCCUCCUCCUCUGUCUGCAACAGACGUCUAAUAGCAUCAUUUCAAGAACAUAACAAAGCAUUAUUUUCUCAAGACAGGCAAUACAUUUCCAGUAAGGAAUACAUUAAAAGAAAAUAUUAAUAACAAAACAAUAUUUCAUUUGAUAGUAGAA